AUGUCUAGCCGCACUCAGGUUCAUCGCCGCGAAGACUUUCGGAUCGCAAUUAUAUGCGCCCUACCACUCGAAUACGAUGCCGUCUCCUUCGCUUUCGACGAGAUAUGGGAUGAUAGGAAUCAGCUAGGAAAAGCCAUGGGGGACUGCAACAACUAUACAGUUGGUCGAAUCGGAAGCCACCACGCUGUUCUUCUUCUCCUUCCCACCAUGGGAAAGGUUAGCGCUUCAGGGGCGGCAGCCACUCUCCGAUUGAGCUACACCGAGAUCAAUCUGGUCAUCUUGGCUGGUAUAUGCGGCGGUGUGCCUGGGGUUGGGACCGAUACCGAGCUUCUGCUUGGCGAUGCGAUCAUCAGCAUCGUGCAAUACGAUUUAGGCAGGAAAUAUCCUGACAGAUUCCUUACGAAAGUUACCGUUGAAGACAGCCUCGGAAGGCCUAACAAAGAGAUACGCUCCUUUGUUGCGACUUUCCAGACGCAUCACAUUCGUAGCCGUCUACAGGAUCAAGCCACACAAAUACUUGAACAGAUUCAGCAAAAGGUUACUGAUGUCGGGCUUUCGAACCAAUACAAGCGUCCCGCGGCAAUAGAGGAUCGCCUCUUUAAGCCGGAUUACGUUCACAGACACCAUGACUUUGACGGAUGCGGCUGUAGUGAAUCCGGUGCCUGUGAAGAAGCACUUGCCACCUCGUGCGAUGUUCUUCAGUGUGAUUUGGCCAAUCUUGUUUCUCGGUGA